CACGAGAACAAGCCGGCAGCAGCUUUUAAGCAUUCGAUUCGUUUUGAAAUCACAGAAGAUACAUACUACAUACAUACAUAUAUAGGAAUCACAGGAGGCCUGGUGCAGGCCCACGCCCAUUAUGGCGUUCCAUUGGUGCGACAACAAUUUGCACACCACGGUGUUCACGCCGCGUGACUUCCAAGUGGAGCUGCUGGCAGCCGCCUAUGAGCGCAACACCAUCAUCUGCCUGGGCCACAGGAGCUCCAAGGAAUUCAUUGCCCUGAAGCUGCUGCAGGAGCUGUCCCGCCGCGGUCGCCGUCAUGGCAAGGUUAGUGUUUAUCUCAGCUGCGAGGUGGGAAAAGACAAGGAGCCCGCGGCCAUAUACACGAUGCUUACACACCUGACGGACCUGCGAGUGUGGCAGGAGCAGCCGGACAUGCAAGUGCCCUUUGCCCACUGCUGGACGGACUAUCAUGUGUCCAUUUUGCGCCCGGAGGGACUCCUCUGCCUGCUGGAAUCGCGCGAACUGCCGCUGAGCAGCAUCGAGCUGAUUGUGCUCGAGGACUGCCAUGACAGCGCCGUCUAUCAGCGCAUACUGCCCAUAUUCGAGGAGCACAUAUUGCCGGCUGUGCCGUCGGACAGACCGCGAGUACUGGGUCUGGCCGGUCCCCUGCACAGCGCUGGCUGUGAGCUGCAGCAGCUGAGCGCCAUGCUGGUCACCCUCGAGCAGAAUGUUCUGUGUCGCAUCGAGACGGCCAGCGACAUUGUCACCGUGCUGCGCUACUGCUCAAAGCCCCACGAAUACAUCGUGCAGUGUGCGCCGUUCGAGAUGGAUGAACUUUCGCUGGUGCUGGCCGACAUACUGAACACGCACAAGUCCUUCCUGGUGGACCAUCGCUACGAUCCGUUCGAGAUUUAUGGCAUGGAUCAGUUCAUGGAGGAUUUGAAAGACAUACCCGAUCCGAAGCUUGAUCCGCUGUACGUCAUCGACUCGCUGCUGGUUGUGCUGCAUGAGAUGGGUCCCUGGUGCACGCAGCGAGCGGCUCAUCACUUCUACCAGAGCAACGAAAAGCUGAAGGUGAAGACGCCCCACGAACGCCAUUAUCUGCUGUACUGCCUCGUGAGCACGGCCCUCGUGCAGCUGCACUCCCUCUGCGAUCACACAUUCCAGAAGCAACAAGGAGCGGGCGACCCACGGCAGACCAUUGAGCGGUAUUCCAGUCCCAAGGUGAAGCGCCUGCUGCAGACGCUGCGCUGCUUCAAGCCGGAGGAUAGCCAUGGCCAUGGGCAGGCCGAUGGACUGCGCAAGAUCCGCCAUCAAGUGGAGCAUGCGGACUUCAACAAGCUCUCCCAUGCACUGGAGACCAAGUGCCAGGUGGUGGAUCAGCUGGAGACGCAGGCAACGGACACACGCAGCCUGGUGGCCAAUCUGGAGCACAUAUUGCAGCAUCCAGAGGGCAAACCUUUCCCGAAACGCAACAGCCAUCGCCCCCCGCCACCAACAACCACCCAGGCGCACUCAUCGCCAGCGAAGGGCAAGCACGGCGCCAACUCGCACAACCGUGUGCGGCGGCGUGUGUACACGCGACGCCAUAACCGGGAUCAGCACGACGGCGGGGACACGCUUUGCGCGCUGAUUUAUUGCAACCAAAACCACACGGCGCGCGUGCUGUUCGAGCUGCUGGCGGAGAUGGGCAAGCGGGAUGCCGAUUUGAAGUUCCUGCGCUGCCAGUACACCACGGAUCGGGUGGCCGAUCCCGCCACAGAGCCCAAGGAGGCCGAGCUGGAGCAUCGUAGGCAGGAGGAGGUGCUCAAGCGGUUUCGCAUGCACGACUGCAAUGUUCUCAUUGGCACCUCGGUGCUGGAGGAGGGCAUCGAUGUGCCCAAGUGCAAUCUGGUGGUGCGCUGGGAUCCCCCUACCACCUACCGCAGCUAUGUCCAGUGCAAGGGUCGCGCCCGUGCCGCCCCAGCCUACCAUGUUAUCCUGGUGGCCCCCAGGUAUGUCAGUCCCGUGAUUGGGGAGGUGCAGCUGACGGACAAGAGUCAUCGCUUUGUCUGCGGCCCGGCCGGAGACUCGGCGGAGGUGGACAGCGACUCGGAUGACUCGGCCAUGCCGAACUCUCUUGGCUCCGAUCCCUAUACCUUCGGCACGGCCCGCGGCACCGUGAAGAUUCUCAAUCCGGAGGUGUUUAGCAGUGUGCCGCCCACGGCAUGCGAGAUUAAGGAGAUCCAGGACGAGACGCCAGCCAUUGCCCUGGACAGCAGCAAUUCCAGCGACGAGGCCGUCAGUCUGAACAACACCCCGCCCAGCGAGAGCCAAUCCAGUGGGGAGCGCAAGCCCCGAAAGCGCUUCCAGUGUGAGGUGCCAGCACCCAAAGAGAAUGAUGACCAAACGGAGGCCCACGCGGCUAUGGAGGAUGGCCUGGCCAGCACCACAAAAGCGCUGGUCCAUCAGAUGGCCCAGUAUCGGGAGAUCGAACAGAUGCUGCUCUCAAAAUGUGCCAACACAGAGCCACCCGAGCAGGAGCAGCAGGAGGCGGAACGCUUCAACAGCUGCCUCGCGGCAUACCGACCCAAGCCGCAGCUGCUCACGGGCGCCUCUGUGGAUCUGGGCACGGCCAUAGCGCUGGUCAACAAGUACUGUGCGCGGCUGCCCAGCGAUACCUUCACCAAGCUGACGGCCCUGUGGCGCUGCACGCGCAGCGAGCGCGCAGGCGUCACGCUCUAUCAGUACACGCUACGCCUGCCCAUCAACUCGCCGCUCAAACAUGACAUUGUGGGUCUGCCGCUGCCCACACAAACGUUGGCGCGACGCUUGGCUGCCCUGCAGGCGUGCGUGGAGCUGCAUAAGAUCGGGGAGCUCGAUGAUCAACUGCAGCCCAUUGGCAAGGAGGGUUUCCGGGCGUUGGAAGCCGACUGGGAGUGCUUCGAGCUGGAGCCCGAGGACGAGCAGAUCGUGCAGCUGAGCGACGAGCCGCGUCCGGGAACCACAAAGCGUCGGCAGUACUACUACAAGCGCAUUGCCUCGGAGUUCUGCGACUGUCGACCGGUGGCCGGGGCUCCCUGCUACCUGUACUUCAUCAAGCUGACGCUGCAGUGCCCCAUACCCGAGGAGCAGAACACAAGGGGCAGGAAGAUCUACCCGCCGGAAGAUGCCCAGCAGGGCUUUGGCAUACUCACCAUGAAGCGGAUACCCAAGCUGAGCGCCUUCUCGAUAUUCACACGCUCCGGGGAGGUGAAGGUCUCGCUGGAGCUGGCCAAGGAGCGGGUGGUGCUGACGCCCGAACAGAUUGGCUGCAUCAAUGGCUUCCUGAACUACACGUUCACCAAUGUGCUGCGCCUGCAGAAGUUCCUCAUGCUCUUCGAUCCCGAUUCCACCGAGAAUUGUGUGUUCAUUGUGCCCACACUCAAGACGGGGUCGCCGCAGGGCAGCAAGCAGAUCGACUGGAAGUUCCUGGAGCUCAUCCAGGCCAAUGGCAACACAAUGCCCAAGUCGGUGCCCGAUGAGGAGCGCCUCGCGCAGCCAUUUGAUGCGCAGCGCUUUCAGGAUGCUGUCGUUAUGCCCUGGUACCGCAACCAGGAUCAGCCGCAGUACUUUUACGUGGCAGAGAUCUGUCCGCAUCUCUCUCCGCUCAGUUGCUUCCCCGGCGACAACUAUCGCACCUUCAAGCACUAUUACUUCGUCAAGUACGGCCUCACCAUACAGAAUGCCGCACAGCCGUUGCUCGAUGUGGAUCACACGAGUGCGCGCCUCAACUUCCUCACGCCGCGUUAUGUCAACCGCAAGGGCGUGGCACUGCCCACCAGCUCGGAGGAGACGAAGCGCGCCAAGCGUGAGAAUCUCGAACAGAAGCAGAUCCUCGUGCCGGAGCUGUGCACAGUGCAUCCGUUUCCCGCUUCGCUGUGGCGCACUGCCGUCUGCCUGCCCUGCAUCCUGUACCGCAUCAACGGGCUGCUCCUGGCGGAUGAUAUACGCAAGCAAGUGUCUGCAGAUCUGGGCCUGGGACGGCAGCAGAUCGACCAGGAGGAGCAGUUUGAGUGGCCCAUGCUGGACUUUGGCUGGAGUCUGUCGGAGGUGCUGAAGAAGUCGCGCGAGUCCAAGCAAAAGGACUCCGCCGUCACGAAUGGCAAGGCGCAGGUGACGAAGGCAGAGAGCGAACCUCUGCCAGUGGCAAGCGAAGCGGCGACGGUGGAGGAGAAGGCAGCCGCCAAGAGCGCCAACGAACUGAUCAUCGAGGGGGAACAGAAGCUGCAGGAGGCGGACGAGGAUUUCAUUGAGAUUGGGACAUGGUCGAACGACAUGGCCGAUGACAUUGCCUCCUUCGACGAUGAGGACGAAGACGAAGAAGACGAGGAGUCCUAUCUGCCUGUGCUGCCGGCCAACGUGAAGUUCUGCGAUGAGCAGACACGCUAUGGUUCGCCCACCUUCUGGGAUGUGAGCAACGCCGAUGGCUCGCUGAAGCAACCGAAAAGCAAGAGCAACCAACAGCAGCACCACCAGCAGCAGCAGCAUCAUCUUCAAUCAUCAACUGCAUCGCUCACAGCCGCUGGCCUGGGCACAGUGUCCUCGUCCGUUACCGCAUCGGCCACUUCCAAGACCAUGUCUUCUUCCACUUUAACGACGCUCGUUAAGAUCGAGGCGCCAUCCCCCAAAGUGUCCGAUCUAGAAAAGUCCAAUGGCAGCACAAGCAAUUCCGUGCCCAUUGGUAUUGCCGUGGCCCGGAAACGGCCACAGGAGGCCCUGGUGUCGGCACUGACCAACCCGGCAACGUUACCUCUACAGCAGCCACUCAGCAAGGACAUGAACUGCUUCGGCAUACGCGUCGCUGACCUGAGUGCCACUAGUUGCGGCAAUUUGUACUUUACGGGCAACGGAGACCUGAUGACCACCGGCACAGCCACAGCGGAGGAUCUAAACCGAACACCAUCGACAUUCUGGCAGUACCCGAAUGCAUUACCCAUUGAAUCAGUGAUUUCCAUGUCCCCCGCCACGGUGGGCCUGCAAUAUACGCGCGAGGCCAACCGCGGACAGGUGGUGCUGCUGCCGGCCGCCCCAGCAGCGCUCGCAGGCAUAUCAAAUUUUCCCCUCUUAACGUCCACAGAUCCGUUCCAGCAGGCAGCGGCGGCUGCGGCUGCCACAGCCUUUGUCUGGCCCUCCUACAUACCCCAAGCAACAGCUGGUGGCUCCUCCGCCGCUGCAGCGGCUGCCGCUGCGGCCGCGCUCCAGCCGCCGCCCAAUCUGUUCUUCAAUUCGAUGGGAAUGGGCAUGGGUGGCCACUCGACGCUGGGCCCAACACCAUCGUACGCCUCCACGCUGCAGCUGUACCUGGCUGCAGCGGCCAAUGCCUCGGGUAGCUCGACCCUGUGCCAGCACAGCAGCAAUCAGCAGACGAGCAGCACCACCACCACCAACUCCACCAUCAACCUGAGCCUGGCAGCGGCAGUUGCGGCCAGCGCGGGCGUCACGAGCAGCACCAGCAGCCUCAGUUCUAGCAGCAGUUCGCGUUUCCUCAGCCUGGCAGCGGCUGCUGCUCAGUCGGCGCCCAUUGGAUCGUUGCUGUUGCCGCCGCACGGCAUGAAGCUGGAGGACUACUCGACGCACCAUCCAAUGCCAUUGGCCUUGCCGCCGCUGGUGCCGCUGGAGGCGACGUCAUCGAUGCGGGACAAGGAGCAGGCUCUGAAUCUGAUGCGUUUGCCCACGCCGCCCACCUCGGCCACCAUGGAUGGUGCCGCUGCUGCAAUGGUUCCAGGCAUGGGCAUGGGCACUGGCCAUCCGAUGCACCAUCAAAUGUUUCAGUCGCUGCCCAGCCACUCGGCCUCAGCGACGCCAGCGCUGCUGAAUCUGUCCAUGCAUGGGGCCGCCAGUGAUCUGUCCGCUGCUGGCACACCCAUGACUGGAGCACACCCAUGUGAUGAGGCGGCGGCAGCUGCUGCGGCGCUCAACUUCAAGCUGCACGCACCACUGACGCCACAGACACCGCCACGUCUGCCGGAGAUCCCUGUCUCCCUCUUGCCGCAGAUGCAGGAUGUCAAUAUACAAACGGAUACGCCCGUUUGCAGCGAGGAUGAGAGCUUGAGCUACCCAUGCCCCGGUCCCCCGCUGACCAGGACGGGACAAGAGCCAAUGACAGAGGAGGCCCUGUCGAUAUCCCUGGUCCAGCCACUGGAACUGACCAAAACCAGUGAAGUGCCAAACGAGUGCCAUACCCAUACCCAACCACAAACCCAAACCCAAACUCAUACACAGACCCAGAUCCAGACCAAUCCAGUGUCCAGUGACAUUCAACCCAGUGCCAGUCAUGAGUCGGCGGAACAGAUGCCCAACAGAACGCCUCCGCCAGCCAUGGACACACCGCAGACAGCGCCCGAAGAUCUGACGGGGCUGGAGCUGCUGUCGAAUAUCAGUACCAACAGCACGCCGUUUGUGCGAGUCAAACAGGAGCCAAUGGAGCACAUCGAGCACACGGCACACCCGGUGGCGCCACCUCCGCCCAUGCAACCGAUGCAGCAGCAGCAGCAGCCAAUGAUGGACCUGGAGGCCACGCCGCAGGAGCCAUUGGGCGGCUUGAAGCUGCUUUGCGCUUUGGCCGAGCAGCGCAUACAGGAAGAGGUGGUGCAGGGCAGCAGCCUCUUUGCCACGCCCUAUUCGCGUACGCCCAGUCCCACACCAACGCCGCCAGCGUCAGCGCCAGGCAGUCCAACGCCCAUGCCAACACCCACGCAGCCCGUUGGGGGGAACGAGGGCAAGUCCUGCUUUGGUUUCGUGCCACCAGCAGGUGGAUCGUUGUUCUCCUCAACAUCUUCCUUCCAAAUGCCAUUAAGCUCGCCAGCAUUUCCCUCGAUGCAGGGCAUUGAGCUGCCCACCACAUCGCUGCAGUCCGCAGAUCCAACGCCCCCGAAGCGCAAGAAGCACAAACAUUCCAAGUCGUCGUCCAGCGAGAGCCGCAAGUCGGCGCGUUGCAGCAAGAAGAGCAAAAAGAAGCAUCGGCGAGACAACAGCAGCCGCCAGCAGCAGUUUGAGCCGCAGCUGCAGUCACCGUUGGAUUACGGGGAAGGCGAUGCCAGCCUGCAGGAUGAGCAGCUGCAGUCGGAGCUACGCAGUGCGCUGCACACCAUGGGUCCCAGCUAUGCGCAGCGCUUCGGCAACGAGGUGUUCAGCAUAAUGGACAGCAGCAUGCGAAUGCGUUUGGCAGACAUUACGCGGCAGUAUCGCAAGAAGAAACGGAAGCUGGACGAGAUAACCAAGCUCAAGAAGAAGCGAAAGAGUCUCAAGCUGCAGCACCAACAGCAGCAGCAGCAGCUGCAGCAGCUGCAACAGCCAGUGCAGGCAGCACAGCCGGCGCUGUCACCGCUGCAACAGCCACAGCUGACGCUCAGCUCAACGCUGUCCAGUGUCCUGGGGACUUCAUCACCGCUGCGCGAUUACAAAUUCCCAAAAUUCUCAAGCAGCAAUCUGCAGGCUUCCAGCUUUCUGCGGUUCCCGGAGAAGACGACGCACUCGUUCCCACCACCGCCGCCGCCGCAGCAGCCGCAGACAGAGCCCAGUCCUUUGCCGCACAGUGGCUCACCGAUUACCUCAUCGUUUGUGCGCCUCGAGCCGAGUGCGCUGGACGCGGCCGUUGCCCCAAGUGCCCCAAUUGCUACCUCCAUCUCCUCCUCAAAUUGCUCUUCCCCGUCGACUGCAGCGCACAAGCAAUCAUCGACGUCCGCCUCGUUGGCGCGCAGAAAGCGGAAGCUAAAGGCCAGUCCUGGCAGCGGCGAUCAACCAACGGCCCCAACAGAGGCCAAGCGCAGAGCCAGCGCCACGGAUAAGGAGCUGCAGCUGACCAGCGAGCAUCUGUAUCGCGAGGAGACGCGCGUUCUCACCGACAUGGGCGGGCUAUUCUAUGCGGGCGUGAUGAAGCCGCUGCGUCCGCCCGAUGUCUAUGCCAUCACGCUGGACGGCGAGCGGGGCAACAAGUCGCAUGUGAUGUCGCGCGAGGAUAUACUCAAGGAUACGAUUCUGGAGGUGGCGCCCAAGAGCGUGGAGUGUGUGCCUGUGGGCACGCGUCUGUGUGCCUAUUGGAGUCAGCAGUACCGAUGCCUCUAUCCGGGCCGUGCCAUUGAGUCGGAACCAGCCGAGGAGGGAGCUGUAGCCACGGCUGCAGCAGCACCCAGCACGCCGACCCUUGCGCCGGACUUUGUCAGCGUGGAGUUCGAUGAUGGAGACAGCGGCAGGAUCCGCUUGCAGAAUAUUCGGCUGCUACUCAGUGAUUAUCCCAUAGCAGAGUACAACGAUAAUCCCCUCUACUCAGUAGGCAAGCAGAAGCGCGGCGCUCUGCGCACUGGGGAGAGUGGUGGACGCUGCACAUCGCAGGAGCCAUUGCAUACGCAGCAUCCUGCCCACAUGUCGGGCUGCGAGGACUCGCACAGCCAUCACAGUGCUGUUCUGAAUAGCGACAAUACCACCUCACUGGCCGCCACCAUGGAGCUGUUCACGCAGCGCAGCGAGAAGAAGCGUCUGAAGAAGAGCCUCAAGAAGAUGUCGCGGUCACAGAACGCCAGUGGCGGUGGCGUUGGCAACAACUCGCUGUCAGUGGCUGCCGUCUCCAAUGAAGUGGCCGAUCAUGCCUCAGCUGGCGAUGCUGGAGCUGGCGCCGUUGAUGAGGCUGCCGGCCGUAAGCAUCACAAGCACAAGAAACGCAAGAAGCACAAGAAACAUCACCGCAAGAAUGGCAGCGAGGAGCCAGAACAACACCAGGACUUCAUCACAACCGCCGAGGAAGUAACAGAAGCGACGCCUGCGCCUGCGUCAAAUCGCGUCAAGAUGGAGGUCAAAGUGAAGACGGAGCAAUUGGAUAUGGAAGAGGAGAGUGCCUCCAAUCUGAUGUCUGAGAUAUCCGAUGAGGCCAAGGGCGAAGAUCUGGUCGAGCACAACAACUCCAAGGGCAGCAGCAAGAUAGCGGCCUUUCUGCCGGAGCGACAGCUGUGGGGUUGGAAUGGCGUUGCCUAUCGCAAGGGCGGCGUCAAGGGCCGAGCCAGAAAGCAAUUUUACAAAACAAUCAAAAGGGGAAAGGAGACCAUCACGGUCGGGGACAGUGCAGUAUUUCUAUCGACGGGCAGACCGGAUCGUCCCUAUAUCGGACGCAUUGAGUCCAUGUGGGAGACCAGCACAGGCAAUAAGGUGGUGCGAGUGGCGUGGUUCUAUCAUCCGGAGGAGACGACUGGCUGCCCAAAGUUGAAGUAUCCGGGUGCUCUGUUUGAAUCGUCGCAUGAUGAUGAGAACGAUGUGCAGACCAUUUCGCACCGGUGCGAGGUGCUGCAGUUUGGGCACUACUUUGAGAAGUUCGGUGCCGAUUCGAAGCAAUAUCAAUCCAUAUACGAUAACAAUGAUACAUAUUAUUUAGCGGGGCACUAUAACCCAAGGUUACAAGUGCUAAAACUACAAGACGAUAUUCCAACUCUCGAAGAGCUGCAGGAUACAAAUACUACUACAACUACAACUACAAAUAAAACUACAACUACUACAACUAACGAGAAUUAAGCGAAUGAAUGAAUGAAUCAUGGCUAGAAAUCAUGAUUAAGCAUAAGUGCAUACAGAUCUAUAUAUAUACAAUAUAUAUACACACACAUUAUACAUAUAUUUUACUAUACGCGCGGAACAGAGCAGACAACAGAAGAGAAGAGAAGAGAAAGGCAUAUAUAUACCUAUAUGUAUACAAAUAUUAUGUACUUCUAUAUAUAUUUUAAAUGUAUUAUGUAGUUCGAACAGAAAAAAACUCAGAAAAAACAAACAAAAAAAAGAAGAAGAAAAGGACAUUUAGCAAGAGAGGGAAAUAUAGCAAGAGAGAAAGAGAGAGAGAGAACAAGGUACUAAGCAACAACCACUAAAAUGUAUGUGUAGUUACGAGAGAAGCGCAAGCAAUUUUAAGUCUAAUUUUUUGUAAAAAGAAACAAUGUAAAAGGCGCAAGAGAAACGACGACAAACGAAGAUUCACUGAAUGUUCAUAGAUAUGUUUACAAACAAACAAACAAAAAACAAAAACAAAAACGAAAUGUGUGCUCCUGACUUCCUUACAUACAACAAAAACAACAAACACCCCAAAACAAUCCCACACUAAACACAAAACAAAACAAAAACCACUAAAAACAACACACAAGAAACACAACACACAAUACAGACUUCAGCUACAGAAACGGAUACGAAUACGAAUACGGAAUACGGAAUGUGUGUGUGUAUACGACAUGUUUCAGAUGAAAUUUAAAACGUGUUUUAAUGAUUUUAAGCAGGCAACAUGCAGCAGCAGCAACUACUACUAUAAAUGUAACAAUUCAAUGUGAUAGCAAAACAAAACCAGAUGAUGUUGAUGUGUACAGAGCAGGAGAGAGUUAUAGGCAUAGACGAUGAUGAUUACGAUGAUAAAAUCUAGAGAACAGGCAGUAGGAGCAGAGAGUGUAACUACACAAGUGUGUGUUUGUGUGGAUUAUUUACAGCUCGUUUAUUCAAGCAGAAAUCAACAACAGCAUAAAGCAAAAGCAAGAGCAAAAGCAACAGCAACAGCAACCAUCAAAUCAAACACCUAUCUAUAAUUAUAUCAAUAAAACUUGCCGGAUAUACUGAA